AUGGGGACGCCGCUGGCGGCUCCCGGCCUCCUGCUCCUCCUGGCCGGCACCGCGGGACUCUGCCGGGCUUUCUUCUCCCUCCCGCUCCGUGUGUCCCACCCGGCCCCCCCCGGCGGGUCGCCGCCCGCCCCGGUGGUGUUGCGGCCGGGGAGCGGCAACCGGCAGCAGGAUCCCCUCGUCGGCGCGGACGGCUUGGCCUUGGCCUCGGAUCCCGGGGGCACCCUCAACUUUUUAGCCAUGGUCGAGAAUCUUCAGGGGGACUCCGGCCGCGGCUACUACCUGGAGAUGCUGAUCGGGACCCCGCCGCAGGCGUUAAAUAUUCUGGUUGACACUGGGAGCAGUAAUUUUGCUGUAGCAGGUGUGCCUGAUCCUGAUGUCACCUCCUACUUCAAUACCAAGCUGUCAAGUACAUACAAAUCUCAAGGGAUUGAUGUCACAGUUAAGUACAGUCAAGGAAGCUGGACUGGAGUGCUCGGUACAGAUGUCGUUACUAUCCCAAAAGGAAUUUAUGGCAGCUACACCAUCAACAUUGCUACCAUUCUUGAAUCAGAGAAUUUCUUCUUACCAAGUGUUAAAUGGCACGGGAUUCUUGGUCUUGCCUACGAUGCCUUAGCCAAGCCUUCAAGUUCUGUGGAGACGUUCUUUGAUUCUCUUGUGAGGCAGGCAAAGAUCCCCAACAUUUUCUCCUUGCAGAUGUGUGGUGCUGGACUGCCUGUUUCUGGAAGUGGUACCAACGGAGGUAGUCUUGUUCUGGGUGGAAUUGAACCAAGUCUGUACAAGGGUGAUAUUUGGUACACACCGAUCAAAGAGGAGUGGUAUUACCAGGUUGAAGUUCUCAAACUGGAGGUCGGAGGACAGAACCUCCAAUUGGACUGCAGAGAGUAUAAUGCUGAUAAAGCAAUAGUAGACAGUGGAACCACGCUCCUCCGUCUGCCCCAGAAAGUCUUCAGUGCUGUUGUGCAAGCAUUAGCUCGCACGUCCCUGAUACAAGAAUUCUCUUCUGGUUUCUGGACUGGUUCACAGCUUGCAUGCUGGGAUAAAACUGAAAGACCCUGGUCCUUAUUUCCCAAACUCUCCAUUUACCUGAGGGAUGAAAACUCCAGUAGGUCGUUUCGGAUCUCUAUCCUACCACAGCUUUAUAUUCAACCCAUUCUUGGAAUAGGAGAGAAUUUACAGUGCUACCGAUUCGGCAUCUCUUCCUCCACAAAUGCUCUAGUUAUUGGUGCUACAGUCAUGGAAGGCUUCUAUGUAAUAUUUGACAGAGCCCAGAGGAGAGUGGGCUUUGCAGUGAGUCCGUGUGCAGAAGUUGAUGGCUCUCCAGUAUCUGAGAUUGAAGGCCCUUUCACAACAGCAGAUGUUGCAAGCAACUGUGUUUCUAGCAUUUCUUUCCAUGAACCAGUGUUGUGGAUUGCCUCCUAUGCUCUCAUGAGCCUGUGUGGAAUUAUCCUCCUUGUACUGAUCAUCCUGCUGCUUAUUCCACCACGGUGUCAGCAUCGCUACACUGACAAUGACGUGGUCAAUGACGAAUCCUCCUUAGUGCGUCAUCGAUGGAAAUGAGAAACUUGAUCGUGAAACCUGGGACUUAAACAAAAUGAAGAACAAAGUACUUUGCCAAGGGGAAGAAGCCAAUGCCUCAGUCCUUUCUACGUUCCUUACAAAUUGCGGUUGAAAUCCCACCAAAUAUCCUGCAUCAUAACUUUUUAAGCUUUAUUUUCUAACACUGAUUCUGAACCAAAGCACUGUUAACCACCUCUUAAGUGCUACGGUACUGGAUUUGCUACUGCAGUACUAUGAGCCUUUAUGCUCUCAACAGUACCUUCUUUUUAAAAAAAAAAAAAGAAAAAAGAAAAAAAAAGAGAAAAAAACACACCAUGAUGUUCUUCCACUGUCUGAACAAAAUUGUCCAUCCAUCUUUCACAAAAAAAGGAGCUGUCAGUAUUUUCUAACUAAUCGAGCCCUGACUGUAGAAAAAGAGAAAAAAACUUAAUAAUCUUUCUUAUUAAUUGCAUUAAAUGAAUACUGCUUUCUGUUUACAUCAAUUCAUUUUGAAACUGUGCUUAUGAUGCGGGGGAGGGAGAAAGGUCAGACUUAAGCAGCAGAGAAAAGCAAGUGAGGUCAAGAAGAAAUGUUGGUUUGUGGGUUUUUUCCCCUCAAGAUGACUGCUGCCACUUAAGAGGGUCGCCCUUCCUGAGUGUCAUUACAAAAUAGUUUGAGGAGGUGAAAACUAGGAAACAAACUUGUUCAGCCUUAGUGUAAAACAAGACUACCUCUCUUAAUUUACAAGGAUGCUACCACUGGUGAGCGUGUGGCUUAGAACUGGUCUUGAAGCACAAGACGCUCCAUACAACCAAAUGCAACUCCCUGGCUUCAAAGUAGUGGAUUUUAUAAAAAUGAAUACUUCAUAACUUUCCACUUUGGUGCACAAAAAAAGCCUCUCAGUUUUCCCCCUUUAUAUGGGGUUCUGUGGGGUGUGUUGGUUUUUUUGAGUUGAGGAUAACUGAUAUUUAGAAAAGGCAGGUCUGCAUAUGUAUGGGCAGAUGAUAAAGCUAAGGUCUGUGUUCUGCCAUGUCUUUUGGUAUUUCUAGUGAGUGUGUAACAAAAAGGAAACAACAAAAUAAGAAAGACAACCCUUUUUUUUUUGGCUGAGCUCAGCAACCUAGAAGUUCAAGGGAAAAGUAUCUGUCUUCGUGGACAGACUGUGAAGUGAAAGUCUUAAUGCUGGCUUGUUUUUCAACUUGAACAGCAGUUGGAGGCAUUUAGUUUAGCUUCACCGGUGUGUCAAUCAAAUGAAAAGUGUGUGUACUGACUGGCUGAAAACAAACCUUGAUAAGACUGAAAACAAUAGUGGGAAGAAUAUAUUCAACCAGACUGCCAUUGUGCAAGCGUAGAUCUUAAUACUGAGGUCAGAACACAGUAUUUUCUUUGCAGAUAGGACAAUUUUUCUUGUAUCUAGUCAGUGAGCGUUGCAGGACCUCCAUCGCUUUUUGCUUUUCUUUAACACUGGUGUAGUGGGUUUGAAAGAUAAACAGUGCAAGGUUGAGGAGUCCAGUGAUAACUAUUAGUUAU